AUGAGAACAAGCUGGUCCUGGGCUGCGACGCAGGAGGAGGAGGAGGAGAAGGAGGAGGAGAAGAGGGAGAAGGAGGAGGCUCCAUCCCAGCAGCAGCAGAAAGGGGCUCGAGGUGUGUGGGACAGACCCUGCGUUCCCGGCUCCCUUCUGCCGACGCAGCAGCUACAGGCGAGGUCCCUGUGCACGAUCCCGGGAAUGGGGUCGGCGAUGUGGCUGCUGCUGCUGGCGCUGCUGGCGGCCCCGGCACACUCGGCAGCCCCCCGGCACCCCCCGGUGCUGCCGGACACGGGGGGCAGUGGGGACGGGGAUGAGGCGUCAGCCACACCACCCGCCCCCCCAGUGACCCCCCGGAUCAGCCCCACGGUGGGGGACGCAGGGGGGACCACGGUGACCAACAGCUCUGCCCCGGGAGUGCUGGACGGGCUGGUGGACUUCUUCAAGGAGUACCUGCUGCUGGUGGUGGUGGUGGGCUCGCUGUCUUUCGUGCUCCUCUUCAUCAUCUGUGCCGCCGUCAUCGUGCGCCAGAAGCACAAGGCGUCCGCCUACUACCCCUCGUCCUUCCCCAAGCAGAAGUACGUGGAUGAGCGGGACAAGGCGGGGGGGCCCCGGGCCUUCAGCGAGGUGCCCGACAAGGCCCCCGAGCCAGGCGCGGAGGAGCCGCUGGACGGCAGCCGGCAGCUCCAGGCGGACAUCCUGGCAGCGGCCCAGAGCCUCAAAUCCCCCCCCAGGGCACCGCUGGCCAACGGGGCCCAGGCUGAGCAGAAUCCCACCGGGGAAGAGGAGAAGGAAGAAGAGGAAGGAAGCAAGAAGUUGGCGGAUGACCAACCUGCUAAGCCCUCUCCCCAAAAUCCAGGCGUGGAGGAAGCGGCAGGAGCGACGGGAGCAGGGGGCAAGGAGACCCCUGACGUGCCCCAGGAUGGCUCCUCAGCCCCCUCUGGAGUCUGAGGCAGGGACAUGGUCCCGGGUGAGCCCCAGGAGCCGCCAGAUUGGGACACAUGAUGGACAUGGAUCAACGUUCCGUAUGUACGUGGUGGCUCAAGGAAGCCCCGAUGAAGACCCUGCUCCCUCACCCUCCCCAGCCCCCUUGAACCCCCCCACCCUUGUGCCAAUGGGACACUGUGGUAAAUCCAUGGGGUUUUUUGGUAGCCGCUGGUUUCCCCCAGGGCUGGAAUGCCAGCAGCCCCUGCUCCUGCUGCCCAAGGGGCUUUUCCCACCCCAGCUCUGGCUCUGCCCUCCCUGUGCCAACAGCUUCCUCCCAAAUGUUAUUUUACUGAUCAGUCUCUUGGGCUGGGGACCUGGCUGGGAGCUGUGUCCCUUCGGGAAGAGGGACAGGACCAGGACCAAGGUCUGUAGCUGUCCCCUCCCUGGGCAGCAGGGCAGGGGUUCUCUGUGACCAUGGGCAUCAUGGGCGGCUUUGCCCGUGGCUGUGGCACUGAGGCCACACGGACAGGAUGCCCUUGGCCACCCGAGGGGAGGAGGGAUGAGGAUUUAGGGACAAGGACUCACCCUUUCAUUUUUUCACCCCAAAGCAUGUCCCAGAGCCCAGCUGGACUUUUGCCUCAUUUCCUUAACCCCUCUGGCUAGAAAUAAACAUUUCUUCUGCAGACCUUUUCCGUGUUUCUCUGCAGCUGUGGAGGACCAGGGGA